AUGAGUGCUUUCUCUGAUGUGAAAGCAGAUAAGCGAUUUAGUAUCUCAAGCUCUGCAGCAAAUUUCCUAACCUCUUCCAUUCAAUCAGCAACUGAUCUCAUAUCUCGUUCCAGGAAGAAUUCGGAUCCCUUGAGAACUCGAAAUAUUUCCAUAGAUGAUGACCCUAUGAGGAAAAAGAUACUUAAAUUACGACAGAAUGACGUCUCUGAUGACAGUGCAAAUGAGUUUUGCAUUAAUGAUGAUAAUGAGAAUGAUGGUGACAACGAGAUUGAUGAUGGUAAUGAGAAUGACACUGAUGAUGAUAUUCCAACUGACAGGAGGCAUCACUUGAGCAGAACGCUUGUUCAAAAUAAGACGGAUAUCGGUUAUCCUGAUGUAGGUGUUGAUGAUUAUAUUUAUGAAAACGACGUCAAGGAAUCUAUAGAGAAUAUGGCUUCGUUUGAGGUUCCUUCUGUCUUUUUGAAGCAGGGCAUGUUACUUCUCAAGAUUUCUCAUAAAUCAAAAAAGCGGAUUUUAUUCAAAGUGGACCCUUCUAAUUUCAAAUUCGUUUAUAAGCAAACUUCUAAGUCAAAGACAUACGAGUUUUUGGUGGAUGACAUAAGGAGCAUCAUGGCAAGAGAAAAUGCCAACAUAUACCGUGAAGAGUUCGGAAUUUCUAAGGAGUUUGAAAGAAGGUGGAUUACUGUUGUGUUUUUCAACCAUCACAAAAAUAAGUUAAAAACUCUCAAUCUCAUAGCAGACACUAGUCGUGAUCUCAAAAAACUACUUUUCGUGAUCGAGGGAUUCAAGAAACUCAAAGACAACAUCUCCGAAACUCUUUUAGUGAAUUUAGGAGACUUAGAUGAGGUGGAAAAGACAAUUGUUAGCGGAAAAGCGGAAAGUACCAUUAAGCAGCCAAAAAAGCAACUUAGUCUUUCUGACGUACUAAAGUUUAGUAAAAGACUAAAUGUCAACGUCAAUACUGAUUUCUUAGAAGGCCUAUAUCAUUCAGUUCGGAGUGAUAACAAAACAGGAAUCGAUUUUAAAGAGUUCAAGAACUUCGUUAAGUUGCUCAAGAAGAGAGAAGACAUCUCUCCAAUAUGGAAAUCAUUAACAAAAGGAAAGGAGUUCAUGUACUUAGAGGAUUUCAUUUCAUUCGUAACAGAAAUUCAGGGAGAAUGCUAUGACUUAGAAAAGGCUUCAAGAAUAUUCAGAAGAUUUUCGUCAAAUGAAGAUCUGUCUGCAUGGCAAGAAGAAGAUUGGACAGCCUUCUUAUUGUCGAAGUAUUCAAAUCCACUUAUCGAAGAACAUAUGGACGACUCUUACUUCAAACACCCAUUGAACGAAUACUAUAUUCUCUCAUCACAUAACACCUACUUAAUCGGAAGACAAGUUGCUGGGGAUUCUUCUGUUGAGGGAUACAUGAAAGCACUUCAUAAGGGCUGUAGGUGCUUGGAAAUUGAUAUCUGGAAUAAUCAAAGCGAUCCUGAGGCCGAGCCUAUCGUCAAUCACGGUCGAACUUUCACUAACGGUAUUUCGCUACCUAGCGUCUUGAAAGCUAUCAAGAAGUAUGCUUUCGUUGCAUCCCCCUUUCCAGUGAUUUUAAGCCUCGAAAUUCAUUGCUCUAAUACGGCUCAAUUGAAAGUCGUGAAGUUGUUACAAGAGAUACUAGGGGAUGCCUUGGUACAAGAACCAAUCAACUCAGAAAGUACUCUUCCCAACCCUGACAAACUAAAAUAUCGAUUUCUCGUGAAAGUCAAAAAGUCAACACCGUUUUCUGCAAUUGGUGUAGAUGAGACCGGGAAACUCGUGAGCAGUUCCACAACAGCAUCAUUUAGCGAGAGUAAUGAUAACUUUUCAAGUAAAAGCUCCUUGAAACUCAGAAGAAAGAGUACAAACAACAUCAUCGAUACCCUAAGCGAUCUAGGAAUUUAUGUCCAAGGUACAAAGUUUCGCAAUUUCUCGCUUCCUGAAUCGAAGACGUUUAAUCACUGUUUCUCUCUUAGUGAAAAAUCUGCCAAUUCUAUGAUUAAAGAUGAUGGAAAAAGAAAUGCUCUCGACAAGCAUAACCGAAAGUUUUUAAUGAGAGUCUAUCCUUCAAAGAUUAGAUUAAAGUCAUCGAACUUUAUUCCCAUGAAUUAUUGGGCCCAUGGGGUACAAAUGGUAGCUACUAACUGGCAGACCUACGAUUUGGGACAGCAAUUGAACGAAUCAUUCUUUGCUGGAUCUUACGGUUAUGUCUUGAAGCCUCAUUAUUUGCGACAUGCAUUAUUGAAGUCGACCAUGAGAAGGACAGAUAUUUACGGCGCACAGAAAAUCAAAUUCUGCAUUGACAUAAUCAGUGCUCAACAGUUGCCUAAACCCACGAAUUCCGCAGCAAUAAAUCCUUUUAUUAUAGUUGAAAUUAUUGGGGCUAAUUCAGUUACAUGGGAUCGCAGCUCUACUGUUGGAGCUACGCCGAUCGUGGCUGGAAAUGGUCAUAAUCCUUGUUGGAACCUGAGAUAUGCAGGGGUGGCAGAGUCUGACCAUCAUUUCAUGUUCUUGCGCAUUACGGUUCAUUCUUCUACAUCAGCAACAACCGUAGAUGACACAAAGGAAAUAUGCACACUCUUAGUCAAGUUUUCUAGUAUGAAACAAGGCUAUCGAUAUUAUCCCCUUAAUGACCCAUGUGGAGAAAGGUUGCUCUACUCCACCAUAUUUAUGAAGGUGAAUUGGUGUACUGUGAAGUAA